AUGCACAGGCAUGAACAGGAUCCCAUCAAGGCAGCCAUUAUUCAGGCAAAGAACACGGGGUCUCUUGUUCUUGAUGACUACGUUCUUAUUACUCUGCCAGCAACGGUCUACAACGCCGAGAUGCUUGCUGAAGACUCGUCAUCGUGGUACACCAGUACAAAUAUCCGUAAGCUCUCUUGUCGAACCUGUGGCCUUAAGAGUCUAUCAAACGAUCUUUCCUUGUUGGAAAAUUUGGAGAUCAUUGAUUUGACGGGCAAUAAACUCACCUCUUUUCCCCAGGACGCCGAGCUUCCGGUGCUUAAGAUACUCAACAUUUCCAAAAACCUAUUGACAGACCUAUGUUCCUCUUGCUUUGCGACCGUUACUGAGCUACAUGCUACUGAAAAUCGUAUUGAAACCCUUUGCUUCGAUGCAAUUUCGCCCUCUGGAGUCCUAAUUAAGCUUUCUUUAGCCAAGAAUAGGAUAAGAUCUAUCAUAGCACCAUCUAUUUAUCAAUACAAUCUUCUCCACUUGGAUCUAGCGGACAAUGCGUUGGAUGAGUUUGAUUGUGCACCAUUUCCAAGCCUUGAGACACUGAUAUUGCAUCACAAUCGGAUUCGCGACAUUAGAAAUCUGUCAUCCCUCACGAAGCUCCGAGUCCUUGACUUAAGUUAUAACAGGAUCCAGAAUGAUCCGCAUGGUUUUGAGCUGUUUUCCAUAAGCGGGGACAAGGAGAUAUUACAUGAUUUACAGGCUAAACGUGUGUUCACAAAUCUGCGAGAAAUCAAUCUAUCUAAUAACACAUUGCAAUCCAUUCCCUCCUUUAUUUUCUCCUGUCCAGAGCUUAGUAGUGCUGAUUUAUCAAACAAUAAUAUCCAGCGUGGUGAAGGUAUGAUUAUUUGGGAGUUCCGCGAGUCUAGCCAAUUGGAAUCCUUAGACCUCACUGCGAAUGACAUGCAAGAGCUCCCGAUUGAGCUGGGUAUCUUGAAAAGGUUGAACAAGUUGCGCUUCGACGGCAAUCCUAUGCGGAGAAUGCGGCAAAUAGCCGGAGAUAGUUCGUGUGCAAAGGUACUCGAGUAUCUUCGCAGCAAGAUCCCCCAUGAUCAUCCGUACUAUCAAUGUGAUAAGACCUCUUUAAGUAAGCAACAGCGCGACAAGGUAGCGGGCCAGCUUAAGGCCAUGGCAGAAAAUCAGAUAGAAACGGAGUAUACGGUUCUUCCUAAUUCCUCGGUUGUUGUUAGGAAUGCCGCAGCCAGCCUCUCCGGGUGCAAGCUGGAGUUUAUAGAUAUUCAUGAUAUAGACGACAUACCCCUAUCGGUCCUUCAGACACCAAACCCUUCUCUUAAAAGCCUGUCUUCUAUUGUCUUUCGGAACUGUACCUGCUUGACCCAGAACAUUUUGCAAGCCAUUUUGAAUAAUCUUAACUUUGAUGUUGCGCCUAGCCUACGUAGCUUAGAAGUGAGCGGAGUACGAAAGCCCCCUAUUAGGGAUUUGGUUAUCUAUCGUUCUAGUGUGACACACUUAAUCAUAAAGCAGCUUCCGUCACUGGUCCGAGUGGAACUAGCCGAUAAUCCAUUCUUAACAGGCGUGGUUAUCGAGGAGUCAGGACUUGAGGACUUAUUGUUAUCGAGUGUAGCCUCUCUUAAGUCCUUAUCUCUAAAGUCAAAUAGACUGAUGGCCAUCCCUGAAUCGAUUUUCACUCCAGUCUUGAAUAUAGAAGAGCUUUACUUAAAUGGCAACUCCAUUUCUGCUAUUCCUAUUGAUCUGAUUAACAUGAAGGCUCUUCAAACACUUGAUCUUUCUUGCAAUUUAUUCAAGAAGCUUCCCAAUGAAAUGGGCUUGCUAUCUCCUUCAGAGGAACAUGAGCAAAGCUGGACUAGACAGUAUGCAGGCAGUUUAACGAAGAUUGGCCUUACAGGAGUAUACAUCACGCAUCCCCCACCUAGUAUUGUCAAGCGUGGUGCCUUGGUAAUGAUGGGGUACAUGCGCGAGUGCCUAGAUAAAGAAGAAUUCGAGCAGGUCCUCUCUGUGCGCAGAAAGCUUGAUCACGCAUUUUAUGAAAAUGUAAGGCCAGCCAGAUCAGGAUCCCACACACAUAGGCCUCGUUUAGAUGGAAACUAUACUGACUCAAGACAUUUACUCUCCUCUAACGACGCGCCCACUGCAACUUACCAGGGGGAAGUUUACAAUCCUUAUCACGCUACAGAUGAGAUGCUUGCAGAGUAUGAGCGGUCACGUAGUCGCGGGAGCAGCAGAGGGGCGGAACGAGAUAAAGGUCGCAUACUGCAGUCUGGUGGUCAGGCUAGCGGCACCAUCUAUGAGCCCGAUCCACCUAGUCCACCUAGGCGAGGUAGAAUCACGCAGAGUAGCAUUAGAUUUGGAGAUGAAGCUCCAACCAAUAAGCCCUUAGAUUAUGGCCGUGUCAGAAGUCAACAACAGCUACAGCCACCUUCCCAGCCUACACCUGCACAGCCACCAAGAGAGGAUUAUGAAAGGCCCACACUGCCUUCGCGCGGGCAUGUAAGCACACAAAAGGGAGACCCCCCAAGAAGGCACUAUCUUGAUAGUCAACGCUUAUGGUAA